GCCUGAUUUUAAGUGUCUGCCAUUGCCGCAUCAGGUGGUCCUGGACGGGUGAUAAAAAGUCACUUUCCGAGGACUUCGCACCUCAUUUCCUUGUCGAAAGCUCUUGACUGAGGACAGAAAAUGCCACAUCACAAAUACGCCACCAAAUAUUGCAUUCCCACGGUAGUGGAGCAUGAGGACUUUGACGCAACUAUCGACGCAACUGCCCUGGAAGAAGCGAUGAAAGGCCCGGGCACCGACGAGGACGCCAUCACCGAGAUCCUAGCCUAUCGCACUGUCGCUCAGAGGCUGCAAAUAGCAGACGUCUACAAAGAACUGUUCGACAAGGACCUGGUUCAACGGUUGAAAGGCGACCUGACAGGACACAUGGAGGACGUGAUCUUGGCGAUGAUGACUCCAAUUAGCCAACUGUACGCCAAAGAGCUGCACAAAGCGAUUUCAGGGCUCGGAACUGACGAAGACGCCAUAGUGGAGGUGCUUAUGUCGCUCAGCAACUGUGGAGUAUUAGAAGUAUCAACCGAAUAUGAGAAUAUGUAUGGAAAUUCGCUCGAGCACGACCUGAAACACGACUCCUCAGGCGAGUUCCGCAACCUGUUGGUCAGACUUUGCUCGGCUAUUAGAGACGAGAGCGAAGCUGUGGACGAGGAAUUGGUCAGAAAUGACGCCCUUUCCCUCGCAUCCGCGGAAGUAUUCUGGCCGCAGGGCAUUCAGGGCGAGACUCUGACGUGUAGCUCUAACCGGCCUGCUGCAGGUGCAAGUGAGUGGGCCACCGAGGAGUCCGUGUUCGCCUCCAUCCUGGCGGCGCGCAGCUUCCCGCACCUUCGACUCGUCUUCCGCGUCUUCCGCAGCGUCACCGGUCGCGACAUUGAAGCCGUCAUCGACCAGCACUUCUCGGGAAAGCUGAGGAAGGGCUUUCUCAGUAUCGUGCGCAUUGUGCGAAAGCGAGCAGCCUACUUUGCCCGUCGCCUCUACGAAUCGAUGAAGGGUAUCGGCACUGACGAUCACACUCUGAUCCGAAUCAUUGUUUCGAGGUGCGAAAUCGACCUUGGAGACAUCAAACAAGAGUUUCUGGCCCAGUACGGCCAGACCCUGGAGAAAUGGAUCACGGGCGACACUCUGGGGCACUACAGGAAGACCCUGCUCGCACUGGUUGCCUACGAACACUAGAACAAGUAUGAGGAGGUCAAUUUCCUUCGCUCGACACAAGCACAGGUGGAGGGAAAAUACUGAUUCGACUCCAUGCAAAUAUUCCACGUAGGGUCGCACAUGUAAUAUCAGUUCAACCGGUCGUUAUUACUAAUCAUCCGAAUAAAAAUACUUAUUGUUUCAAAAUGUCUUAA